AUGUCAAAUCAUCAACAUCAGCAUCAGCAUCAACGAAACUUAUCAUUCACUGCUCAAGGGAUGAACCAAUCGAUGAAAAGCGAUAAAUCACUUGUAUCCUCCGGAUGGAUAACUACCAAUACUUCUUCAUGGGCCAGUACGAGAGGGUUGUCAGGAACAAUCGGUCCUGAUAGACCGCCUUUGGCUUGGGCGGGAGUAAGAUAUCAAUUGAGGGAGGAUAAUGAGCUGGUUGAGGUUGAUGAUAGGGGAAGUGGGGGAGCUGGUCAUUGUAGCCAAGCUGUACUCAUCACAUGUUUACAUCUAUCCCAUGAGAUGGGUCUGAGAGAUGUAGGUCAAUAUGCCUGGACGACACCUUCGGUCAAAGAUCCAAUGGGAAGUAUGAUGAAGAUUAUGAAACAAUAUUCACAGCAGAUCAGAGGUCUAUCUAAACAUUCUACAUUGGAUUGCAGGACCGCCCCCGACCCUUCCAAAUUGGUCAUCCAGCAUCAUUUACAACGAGCUCGUCAACAAGCAGGCCAAAACAACUACGUCGCAGUCAUCUACAAUGGUCAUGGGAUACAGGAACCACCGACCGAACAAGGCGAACUAUGGUGUUAUGAUAGAGGGUUCGACGAGUGUUUGCAGAAUGGUGGAGGACCUACCGAAUAUAUCCCCAUCAUGCUAUUUGAUGUACUAGCUUGGGCCGGCUCUUCAACAUGUUACGUAUGGGAUGUAUCAUUCUCUGGACGAUUCAUCAAAGCUGCUUUGACCGAAGCUGAAGAAAUCGACAACCAAUUCAAAGCCGCUGCCGCUCAAAAUCCUCAAAUUGCCGAAAUCCAUCCACCGGUCUACUCAAGACGUCAAAUCCAUUUCGCAUCUUGUGGACCUAAUCAGACCGUUCCUAGAAUCAACGGAAUGCCAGAUGAUCUAUUUACAGCAUGCUUGACUAAUCCACUACGAAUCGCAUUGUUAUAUCAUAAUUUACAGACUUUUCCAUUGACUAAAGGUGACGGUUCAAGUUCAAGUUCAAGUUACGUUCCUCGAAAUUCAGAAUAUAUGAUACUUCUUUGGGAAAAUAUGUCUUCAAACUUGAAAGAUCGAUUAUCAUACGAAUUAUUAUCGAUUAUACAUACCAUUGCAUGGCAGACAUUAGAUGGAAAUGAUUAUCAGAAAUUAUUUGGUAAAUCAGGUGAUUUAGUCAACAACCUUUCGUCUGGAUUUAUACUUUCUCAAAGGGUAUUCAGCUCUUACAGGGUUAAUCCGGAAAGUACACCUACUAUACCCAGCUCGACUGGACAUACUUUAUGGACCACUUGGGAUUUAAUAUUGGAUAAUCUGUUUGAACAAUUACCCAAGUAUUUCGAUGAAGGUAUAAUCGACAAUUCGUGGGAGAAGGAUUUGAAAUUAGUUUCUUUCAUGCAAGAUCAAUUGGAAUCAAUCACGACUGCUACUACCUUAUCAUCCGAACCCUCUGGAUCCACUGGAUAUUCCGGGUCGGGAUCGGGUGUGACCAAAAAUGGGAUAGGUAUGACACCUUCAUUAAGUAGAUUACCUAUCAUUUGCGCUGCUGCCAUGACCAAGCAAUUCCGUCUUCAAGCUUGUCAAGCUCUCGAUUCAUGUUUGAGAAUAUUGGAUAUAAGGGGUUUAGCACAUGCAGUCCAAGGUGGAGCUUUGGACGUAGCUGCUAAAUUAUUAGCUUUGGAAGAUCCUCAGAUUAAGAAUCAGUUGAUAUCAAUAUGGUCUUCACUUGUACGAUACGAUUUAGCCGUAUUGGCUUUGGCUAAAGAAGGUCUCACGUCAGAGAAACUCACAGACGUACCGUCGGUAAAGUUCUUUUUGGGUGCAUUAGAAGAUAAUCUAGUUAAAGAUGUCAAUGUGAAUGGGAAAGGGAUUGAGGAAAAUAUGUUGGAAGAAGAUGAAAGGAUAGGUCUAAUUAUUCAAACUGCCGCUGUACUGAGUACGAUAGCGAAUUUUGUCAGUGGACGAAAAGCACCGAGAUUCGUCAUUAAGACUUUGAGUAUGUCUGGAAUCAUGUUGAAGAGCGAUAGGGAAUUAAUGAAACAGUGGGGAGCACUUUUGAUCGCUGAAGUAUUAGGUAGUUUGGAUCAACCUGAAGACGGACAAAGUGAUUUAGGACAUGAUAAAGGAUUGAUCGAUGGGUUGAAGAUGAAUUUGAUGGAUAUGAUCGGAUCAAAUACGGUCGAAACCAGAGCAACAGCCAUCUACGCUUUAUCAAGAUGGAUACCUAAGUCCGAGGGGGCGAUGGGAGCAGAGGGAUUACAAUUGGAGAUGAAACCGUCUUUAGAGAUUGUAAAGGUCCUAUUGAACCACUCGGAAGAUGAGGGAUCGCCAUUAGUAAGAAGGGAAGUGGCCAGAAUGUACAUGAGGAUAUUGAAGGUGGCGGAUGGAUUUGCCGAAUUGGCGAUCUGGAUAUCGAUCUUGCAAUCUGCCGUGGAGUUUAUACCCCACACGAGGAAAGAGGUUGAAGAGACUAUUGUUAAUACAGGAAGAGGUCUGGGGAUAACGAAGGAUCAAUUGGAAAUUAUGAAGACCUUACAAAAGGUAUUUCAGGUCGCAAAGCGAUUCGAAAAUGAUCCCGAUAAUCAUGUCAACAAGAUUGUAAAUAACCCCUUGGAUGCUAUAUUGAACAAACUACGCAAACAUGAGGAUGAACAACAGAAACAUUGGAGACCAAUUUCGACGUUGGUUUUGAACGGUGAUAGAGCGGAUGAUGGUAUGAAAUGGACAGAGGAAUUGCUGAAGAUAGUCAUAGAAUCAAAAUAUCAUUUGGUCGCGAAUUGGCAUAGAAUUGAAAGUGACAAGGAAGGUAAAGUGGAAGAUCACGAUGAGGACAAGGUGAAGAAAGGGAAAGAUGAGCGUAAGAGGCUGAACAACGAGCUAUUCGAAAGGACUAAAGCGGUCUUACAAUCUUACUUAGCGGCUGGAAGAAGACCCGACCUAAUUCCUGAUAAGGUGAUGACCUCUCAAAGUGGCGAUUCGAGAGAAAGAACAUGGACAUUGAGACACCGAGUACUAGAAGACAGUAUGGUCGUAGCUGAACAACAGGUCGGUCUACCUUGGAAAUGGGCCAUCAAGAAUAUUUCUGCACCUGAUCCAUGGACAAAUAUGACUUUCCAUUCGUUCCAUAGUACUGUCAUGUCCUGUAAUAGGAGUCAUGAUCUUCUAUUAUGGGACUGGUCAACUUCACGUAAGACGGGCCACGUUCAUCUUGACUUACCUUCGACCGAAGCGAUUUCAUCUGCUAGGUUCGUGAAUGAACUGCACGAGCAGACUGUCAUCUUAGCUGAGAUAACCAACGGAGAUAUCCAUAUCCUAGCGGGACCACAAGAUCCCUCAAAGAUCAAACCUAUUGCGAAUUUUCGAGCAUUAGACUUAUCAUCACCUAAGAUCGGGGCUGAUGUGGAGUAUCAAAGGCGAUUGAUCUCUACAUGGUACAGGUCCAGUGGACUAUUAUGUGUAGGCGGCAGUAGCGACAAGGUCAACGUUUGGGAUUGUCCGGCUGAGCGAUGUGUUCGGGCAUUGAACACCGAAUCCACCGCUCCUAUAACCACCCUAAUUACCGAACCUGUAUCUGGCAAUUUGAUUUUCGCAGGUGAAGCAGAUGGUCAAAUCAGAUUAUUCGAUCUCAGACAGUCAAGGAAAACAGCUCUGAUAUCAUGGAGAGGUGAUUCAUGCUCGGAUAUGGAUCGUGGAAGGAUGACGAAAGAGGCUGUGAGAAGAACGGCGAUCAAUAAGAUUGGGGUGGUAUUAGGUGAAAGUAAAAACAUCUCUUCUGCUUGUGCCAACGGGAUGAUCAACACCUACGAUCUCCGUACACUGUCCUCACCCAUCGAAUCAAUCUUAUCCCACCCUAACGGUAUCUCCUACGCCUCUUUCCAAGCUCACUCGGGGCUCUUAUCAACCAUUUCCAAUUUGCACUGUACCUCGCACGAUGAUCCUUCAGCAGAUUUCGCUUUACAUCGUACGACCCAAGGACACCUCUCACCCGUUACCGCCGAAAGCAUCUCUUUCGGUAAUCAACCUUCUGAAACGCUCAGCGGGUACUUCAAACCUUAUACUGUUAUGCAUCCCCUCCGACCAUUUCUGGGUAUAGGUUUUGGGCAUACAUAUUAUCUCAGAGGGUGUGGAGUAGGGAAAGGGGAUGAUACGGAUUCAGGAAGUUUUAGCUUCAUAAAAGCUCAGGCUACAAAUAUCAUAUGA